CGGGUCUGAGCGGGGGAUGGUCUGAGGGAGGAGGCGUGAUACCGGGCUAGAUGGGCCCACGGGUCUGAGCGGGGGAUGGUCUGAGGGAGGAGGCGGGAUACCGGGCUAGAUGGGCCCAUGGGUCUGGCCCAGGGCUGCUGGUCAGAUCCUUCUCUCUAGCUCGGUUCCCCCAAAGCCCGGGCCCCUCCGGGACAGCUCAGAGCCUGGGGCUCUGAGGCCAGCACCCCGCUGCAAGGCUCUGGGGGACUUUCCUUCGUCGCCGGCUGAGUGGGGCGCUCGGCGUGGGUCGCGCCCGGGCUCUGGGCAGGAAGCCAAUAAAUACAGGAUGAGAGAAAAGGGCUCCCGGUGUGUGUCUGCCCCACGGCGCCCCACCAGGCCCAGCCAGGACUGUCGAGGGGGAGCGCCCCCUGCUGGGCCCCCCACCUCGCUCCCUGCAGCACAGCGCCCCCUACUGCCCCACAGGGGCCAGCCCUGCCGCCAGGGGAGCGCGGGGGGGUGGCCAAUGGGAGGGCGGCGGCGGGCGCGUCACGGUUUCCUUUCGCUGCUUGGUGCGAGAGGAAGUGGGCAGAGCAGACGCGGCCAGGUGCAGCGAGAGCUCAAAGCAGCGCAGACGCCGCCAUGGAUAAGGAAUACGUCGGGUUCGCCACCCUCCCCAACCAGCUGCAUCGGAAAUCUGUGAAGAAGGGAUUCGACUUUACUCUGAUGGUGGCAGGGGAGUCUGGGCUGGGGAAGUCGACGCUGAUCGACAGCCUGUUCCUGACGGAUCUGUACAAGGAUCGGACCCUGCUGGACGCCCAGGCGCGCAUCCCGCAGACCCUGGCCAUCGAGCGUCGCGCUGUGGAGCUGGAGGAGGGCGGCGUCCGGGUGAAACUCACCGUCGUGGACACCCCGGGCUUCGGGGACGCCGUGGACAACGCUGACUGCUGGGGGUCCAUAGUGGACUAUAUCGACCAGCAGUUCGAGCAGUUCUUCCGGGACGAGAGCGGGCUGAACCGGAAGAACAUCACGGACGGGCGGGUGCACUGCUGCCUCUACUUCCUCUCGCCCUUCGGCCACGGGCUGCGCCCCCUGGACGUGGCGUUCCUGCGGGCCGUGCAGCACAAGGUGAACAUCGUGCCGGUGAUCGGCCGAGCCGACGCGCUGACCCCCCGGGAGGUGGGGGCCAUGAAGGAGAAGAUCCGGCAGGAGCUGGAGGAAAACGCCAUCAGCAUCUACCAGUUCCCCGACUGCGACUCGGACGAGGACGAGGAAUUCAAGGCCCAGGACACGGAGCUGAAGCGCAGCAUCCCCUUCGCCGUGGUCGGCUCCAAUGACAUCGUCCGGGAGACCAAGGAAAAGGCCUUCCGGGGCCGCACGUACCCCUGGGGGGCGGUGGAAGUGGAGAACCCGGCGCACUGCGACUUCCUGAAGCUGCGCACGAUGCUGGUGCGGACGCACAUGCAGGACCUGAAGGAGGUGACCCAGGAGAUUCACUACGAGAACUACCGGGCGCAGUGUAUCCAGAGCCUGAGCCGCGUGGGCGCCCGCGACCGCGCCAGCCGCAUGAAACUGUCCCGGCAAAGCGCCACGGAGCUCCCGCUGCUGCCGCUGGAGACGGAGAAACUGAUCCGGGAGAAGGACGAAGAGCUGCGCCGGAUGCAGGAAAUGCUGCAGAAGAUGCAGGCCCAGAUGCAGCAGAGCCAGGGGGAGCAGUCGGACGCCCUGUGAGGAUUUCGGGGUCCCCCCGGCGGGCAGUACCCCCCACAGAGCAAGUGUCUUUUGGCCAGAGCAGCAGCAGAAGGGACGGGGGCGAUUCUCUGGGGCAGCCUGCGAAGCAGCACUCGCAGCCCCCCAAAUCCCUGCUCGCCAGAGCCCCCCAGGCUCCUACCUUCCGUGCCCCCCCAAUCACCCCGUUCUCCCCCUUCCUGGCUUUGCCACUAACGCCUCCCUCAAUAAACUCACCCCUGUGUUUGCACCACUGC